UUAUGUUUGGAAAAUGAAGCAACAGGUCUAGAGCAGUGGCCAAGUAUGUUGACGCUGGAAGGGAGCUGAGGGUAGUGAGUGGCAGUAUCAUCUGAAAGGGGUUGCUCUAAUUAAGGUUGAAUGCUGCUUUUAGACAGGUCACAGUCCAAUCCCCUGGUGAAACAGACCCCCUCCACCAUCCCUGUAUAAACUGUAACCUAUGUUAGAAGGAACUGUCUGGUCAUCUGGAAGACCAGAUCAUAGGAAAAGGUUAUUAAGCUGCAUCAUUUUGCCUGUGAUCAGCGGCUGUGUAUAACACUGAUUAUAACUCUUCCUUAGAGUGUCCUAGCAAGUGGCUUUGGAACAGUGCCUAGAUUCAGAAAAUGUGAUGUGCUCUUGCACCUAUUUGUAGGCUUGCUAUAAAUAGGGCCCUUCUGGCACCACAUGCUCAGCCAUGAUUGACAAUUGCAGAGCUUUGGUCCAGCGAAAACAGACUCUAAACGACUAGAAAAACACACAAAUGCUCCAGACUCAGUAGAGUGAAGUAUUUUUUACUUGGAGUUCAGUAACAAAUUCCAAAGCAUCGGAGCUAUUCUACAGGAAGCCACCAUUUUCAUUUGGAUUAUACAAACCAGUGUAUUUUCUGGACAAUGACAUCACGGAGGCCAAUAACCCAUUCAUAUUCAGGCAAUGGGAGAUAUGGUAGUCAAAAUGGGGAUGAUGUCCUGUCACCACGUUUAGAUAGCCGCAACUACCUCUCCAGUGUCCGGCCUGAAAACAGGAGUACAUUUUGUACUGUCAUGUCCCAGCUGACAGAAGAGACUCAGCCAUGUUUUGAGAUGACCAUCAAGUCCAAGGCAGUAUCAGAGGCGUGCAAUGUGAAAUUCACCUGUGUGGUCACAGGCUACCCAGUUCCUGAGCUGACUUGGUAUAAAGAUGACAUGGAAUUAGACAGAUAUUGUGGUCUUCCCAAAUAUGAAAUUUUCCGCAAUGGCAAAAUCCAUACACUCCAUAUCUACAACUGCACAGUGGAUGAUGCAGCUAUCUAUCAGGCAUCAGCCAGGAACAGCAAGGGCAUUGUCUCUUGUUCUGGGGUAUUAGAGGUGGGCACCAUGAGUGAAUACAAAAUCCACCAGAGGUUCUUUGCCAAGCUCAAGCAGAAGGCUGAGCUAAAACGAAGAGAGUUAGAACACAGUUACUGCCAAGAGAAGGAGAACAUUCUACAGGAGCAACUGAGCAGCAGCCAGAACAAUGUUAGAUGGACUGAUGGUCUAGUAAACAACUUAUCAUCUGUCCAGGUCGGAGAGGACAAUAAAGAAAAAGAGGGGGAAAUAAUUGAUGAACAGCCAGAAGCUCUUAAUGACAAGUUGAAUAGGCUUUCAGUGAAGGUCCACAAAUAUCCGAUGAGAUCUGAUAGAAGUCAAGAAAAUGACAGUCAGCAUAUGAGCUCAGAUGUAGGUCAAAAGAAUGUUAAUCAACAGCUUAUCUACGAUUCGGAGAAGGCAGAAAUUGGAGGCACCACCCUGUCUAUGAAAGAGAAAGUAAGCAGAAAUAGUAUCAUGAUCUCCAAUGGAUUUGAUGAGGCUUUUACCACUCAAUCUAGCCAAGCUGCAGGAGAAGGGAAGGAUACACAUGAGGGAAUGAGCCUGGCAAAGAUCUUGGUAGAGUCCUUGCAAUUAAAAUUUGGUGAAGAACAGCAAAAGACUACACUUCAGUCACAUGAGAUCAUAAGCAUUAAAGCCAGCACCAUUCAAGAAAGGGAAAGAGAAAAUGAGGUUGACCCAGAGGAGGAAAAGAUGAAAGCUGAAGGAAGGCAUCAGGAGUGGGAAAGUUGCUGGGAAGGAGAACAAGAGAGAUCAUUGGGAAAAGAAGAAAAUGUUAAACAGCUCGAGUCUGAACAUAGAACUGAAGUUGCUUCUGAAACAAAGAUAGUAUACAAAAAAACAGAAUAUCAGCACAAGUCUGCACUCAGCUCAGUGUUUCAUUCCCUAAAGGAUAUAUUCUUUGGCAAGAGUAAAAAAUCACCUGAGAUCUCCUCUAAGAAAGUCACUGACAUAAGUGUUGAAAAAGAAAUCCUGGCUGUUAAUACAGAAGCACAUUGCCAUUUCCCACAAACACUGCCACAAAAAUAUGACACAACAUCAGGGGUCUGUGGUAGCAUACCAGAUCAGCUUGUACCUGUGGAAACAGAGCAGCAAAAUCAAAUUGGAAACCAUUAUGUAAAUACACACUUUUUCCAGGAAACACCUUCAUUGCAUAUUAAGACUGAGAUGGAGAGUUUGAAUUUGGAUAAUCACAUUCAUGGGUUUACUACGAAUUAUAUCAAAGAUAUAUCCCAAGCUUCUAAGAUACAUCAUGAGAGCGUAGAAGAGGAAAACAAAGCUAGCCCAGAAACACUUCAAAAGAACACCUUGUUGACAAAGCUUGAGGCUUCAGAUGACCAUGCAGAGCCCAACAAUGAUGAGCACAUGGUUCAGGUGUGUCAUGAGACUGCUGGGCAGGAAUGCACUGUUCCCACUGAUCAAAGAAUGCAAGAUGUUGGAGAAAUGCAAGCUGUGAAGGAACAAGAUGAUACAGAAGACUUGUCAACAGCUACAGUGAUGUCAACAGCCUCCAUGCCACAGCCAAACAGGGCAGAAAUGGAAAACUGCAAGAGCUGUCCAGAAGGUCAAAUUUCAACACCAGUCAGCCAAGCAACUCUCCUGGUACCCAGUCAGUGUGUGCACAAGGAUGGUAUUAGGGUGGACAAGAGAGUAGCAGAAUGUAACCCCAACAAAGAAAGUGAAGAUAAGAUGGAUGUGGCAAUAGCAGAUUCAACAGAUUCCACAAAGAAUUCUGAGACAGACACUGUUGAUGAGACAGAAAGAUUAACCCCAGUACUUGACAUGAGUCAUGGGGAAUCUUAUAUAAUGGAGAGUAACAUUACACAAAAUAGAAAUUCUUCUGUGGUUCUUAAUAAUUUUGUAGAAAAUGUGCAAGGAUUUGCAGCAGGCUCUGUUAGACAUUAUACUAGUAAGGUGGAAACUGUAAGUAGCAUUGGAAAUAAGGAGAAUAACAUUGAAACAAAGAAGGUUGAUAGUAUUGGAAAAAUGAAGGAGAAGCAAGAUGAAUGUAAAGAGAAAAAGAUAGGUAAUGAAGCUGAGCAGAGAGGUCAUACCAAAGGAGAAAGCACAAAUUUUAUCUCAGAGCAAAGUACUGGAAUUUCUAAACAUAAAAAGCAACCAGAAAGUGAAGGACUAGAGACUCAUUUAAAUUUAAGGGUAGUAGAAAAAACAAAAAUACAUACAAAAUUACAACCAGAAAAGGAUACGAUUGAGUCUAGGGACCAAUCUAUUGUCUCUCCAAUUAUAAUUCUUCCUGACACACGGGAAACAGUAAUAAAAAAUGUAGCAAAGAUGAGAGCUAUGCCAUUUACCCCAGAAAUCAAGGUUACAGUCCAAGAAAAAGUCAAACAUGAAGAGCCUUUCAGUGUCCCUAGAAUAGAUGUUCUAUUAUCAGAACCUGAGAGAGUUAUCCAUCCACUGGUUCAUGAGGUUGCACUUAUGCAGAGAGGUAAUGAGCCUUCUUCUGAGAAGCCAAUGGGCAUUGGUCCAAACAAAAAUACCAGAGAUGACAGAGUGGUGAUAAUUGCAGAUCCUGUAGAUGUUACACCUCCUCAACAUGAAAAGAAUGUUAACUGCUUUCCAUCAGACCAGAGAUCCAUAGAAGUUAAAACUGAAAAUUUAGAGGCUCAAAUGGGUGAUAGAAAAGAACCAUCCAGAGUCAGUAGUGGUUGGAGUCGAGGAAAUGAUAGCAAAACUAUCCCUAUAAUCAGUAUAGCGUGUGCGGAUGAUAUUACAUCAUUCUCAGAACAGGAGAAAGAAUAUGGAAAACCUGUCUUUCAUGAUACAGUUCAUACAGACAGUGCAGCUCAAACAUUUGUCCCCACAACACAAGCAGAAAGCAGUGCAGAAAACAGUAUAAAAAGGGAGGUAGUACCAGAGUCUUUGACUGUGAUACUUAGAGAGGUGGUGGGUCAUUUUGACAGUGGAGCCAGUCAUAAAAGAAAUCAAGUAGUAGAAAAAGCAGCAUUGCAAAAAGACGGAACUGAGAGAAGGAACUUGGUGGAGACUCAACUGAGCUCUGAUGUCUCCUCAGCAUUAUCACCAAAAGCACUACAAAAUACCACUGCCUGUGACACUGAGGUCUGUUCAGACAAAGAAUUAAAAGUGGAAACUGAUGCUGACAGGUUCCAAAGGGAUAAACCUGCUAUGGAGAAACUUGGCCUAACAACCCCUGUUGGACCAACACUUCCCCCACUCAGUCCAGCCAGUUUGCAUAGGCUUAUGGCAAAGAAUAACCCUAACUUGGAAAGUCAGGUUUCUACUGUAACCAUAUUAGGGGAUGGAAGUGAAAAGAAAGGAGAAGAUAGUGGAGGCAGCACACCCACAUCCACUCUAUCCUGUGAGAGCAGCCCCAAGAUGAAACGGCGAGACAGCCUCACUCUUAUCCCCUCUGCUACCCCAGAGGAGCUGGCAUCUGGGGCGCGCAGAAAAAUCUACCUUGCCAAAAUGAAGUCUGAAGACGAAGGCUCAGAUACCCAAAGCAAGAGAGACAGCCCAUACAUGUCACCCAGCCAGGCACGCAGGGCUGCUUUUUUGCAACUUCAAGGUGGGCAACAAGCACAGUACAUGGAAAAACGUUCACCUUUGUUAGGUCGCCGUAAAACCAUGGUGGAGGGCCACAAACCUAAGGAGGAGCCUUCAGAGGAUACUAACAUGCCAAACACAGAGAGAAAACCAGCAGAAAAAGACAUGCUGGACCCCUACAAAGCUCCUCAGGUAAUCCGCAAGAUCAGAGGAGAACCAUUCUCAGAUGCCUUGGGCCACUUGAAGCUGUGGUGUCAAUUCUUUAAUGUGCUCAGUGACUCCAUAAUCAAGUGGUUCAAAGAUGAUGUAGAGAUUGCAGAAAUAAAAAGAAGUGCAGGAGAUGAGAGUCAAGUGGCACUGGCCAUUGUUCAGGCAUCCAGCAGAGACUGUGGAGUGUAUGGCUGCACAAUCAAGAAUGAAUAUGGCAGUGACACAACUGACUACUUACUCAGCUCAGACAUACUGGCUGAGUUCUUCUUACGGGAUGAUUCAAAAGGAGAAGAGAUUGAGAUGACACCCUUGCUGUUCACCAAAGGCCUGGUGGACCCUGGAUACUGGGGUAAUAAGUUCUUUGGUCGCAUCAUGAUGGAGGAGCUGCAAAUUGGGGAAGGAUGUGCACACAAAAACAGCAGAGCCAAGGUCAUCUAUGGUCUGGAUCCAGUCUUUGAGUCAGGAAGCACCUGCAUUGUCAAAGUGAGAAACCAAAUUGUGUAUGGGACCAAAGAAGAAAACUGCUUGGCUGAGAUAAAUUUAGAGACCACCAAACAGGAAUGUAAAAUCCAUAACACAGUCCGGGAAUACUGCAAAAUCUUUGCUGCUGAGGCAAGAGUAAUCGAUAAAUUUGGUUUCGCAUUAGAGGUGAUUCCAUUAUAUUUGAUCUACCGGCCUGCCAACACCAUCCCGUAUGCGACAAUGGAGGCAGAUUUAAAAGGGGAGUUCUUGAAAUAUUGCACAAUGGACAACUCUGGGAGACUGAUCACUCAAACCACAUCUGAAGUGGGGCAUAAAUGUUGUACAUUUCAGCACUGGAUCUACCAUUGGACAAAUGGCAAUCUGCUCGUCACCCAGCUAGAAGGUGUAGAUACAAAGAUCACAAAUGUUAAGAUUGCCACCAAGUCCAAAGGCUAUCAGAGUCUCACAGAUGAAGGCUCCCCAAAGAUACUGGAACAAUUUGUCAUCCAACAUCAGUGCAACUACUACUGUGGGUUGCUGGGCCUGAGAGCCCUGACGACUAUGGAUUCUUUUCAGCAGUCAAAGGUAAAGACAUCCAGGAGUCCAAUGCUGGCUCGUAGGGUGGGUCUCACUGAUUCAUCCAGCCCACAGCUUCUGAAGAAAGGCUCAAGCAGCCCUCAAACAGCCAAGAAUGUCAACUCUAGUCCCAAGGUAGACAAAAAGACUGACAAAGAUGGUGAGAACAACACUGCUACCAAUCAUAAAAAAUGGAGGUCCCCAAAUCUGUCAGAAUGA